AUGACGGCUUAUUUUGGCUUUUUGGAACUCUGCCAACCGAAAGCAGGUGAGACGGUGGUGGUUAGCGGUGCCGCAGGGGCGGUCGGGAGCUUGGUGGGACAGAUCGCAAAAAUAAAGGGAUGCAAAGUGAUUGGAUUCGCCGGAACUGAGGAGAAGUGUAAGUGGAUCAAGGAAGAACUGGGCUUUGACUUUGCCUACAACUACAAGAAAACGGAUGUCGACACGGCUCUGAAGGAAGCUGCUCCUGACAACAGCGUGGACUGCUACUUUGAUAAUGUUGGUGGUAUGUUUACUGUUAAGGUCCUCACCCAUAUGAAGACAUUUGGGAGAGUUUCAAUUUGUGGCUCCAUUUCCAAUUAUAACGACACCAGUGUACCAACAGGACCACUGCCUUUCUUUAGCAUACUGAAGUCCCAGCUAAGAGUAGAGGGGUUCAUUGUUUUAAGGUGGUAUUCAAGGUGGGAAGAAGGGGAAACCGCAAUGCGCCAAUGGAUUAAAGAGGGCAAAAUUAAAUACAAAGAACAUGUGACGGAAGGAUUUGAAAAGAUGCCUGAUGCUUUUAUGGGUUUAUUUGAAGGACGCAACACCGGAAAGGCUAUUAUAAAAAUGUGAUGAGACAUUUUUUUAAAAUAAUAUUGUACAGGUACAAUAGUUUGUUUGUUAUUUUAAUAAUGCACUGUAAAUGACGUAAUAAAUAUUCAAUGUCCAGUA